GGCGAUUGGCCGGUGAGCGGCGGGGUUGCCCGGAUGUCGGCGGGGGCCGCCGCGCGCGCGCGGGUGUCGGUUAUUGUUUGAGUGAGAGGGAGAGGGCAGUCAGUCAGAGAGAGAGAGAGAAAACAGCGGAACAUGGCUGGCGGGAAAGCUGGGAAGGACUCGGGAAAGGCCAAGGCUAAAGCAGUUUCCCGUUCUCAGCGAGCAGGAUUACAGUUUCCUGUAGGUCGUAUUCAUAGGCAUUUGAAGACUCGUACCACUAGCCAUGGACGGGUGGGUGCUACAGCUGCAGUAUACAGUGCAGCUAUUCUUGAGUAUCUCACUGCUGAGGUGUUGGAGUUGGCAGGAAAUGCAUCAAAGGACCUGAAAGUAAAACGUAUCACGCCACGUCACUUGCAGUUGGCCAUUCGAGGUGAUGAGGAGCUGGAUUCACUGAUCAAGGCAACGAUUGCUGGUGGUGGUGUGAUUCCUCACAUCCACAAGUCUCUGAUUGGGAAGAAGGGACAACAAAAAACGGCAUAAAGUCCAGUUUUGAAUCUACCCUCUUCCUCCCUACUGUCGUACUGUAAUUUGGACAGGAGAAACCUGGGGAUACUUGGCAUAUUUUUUUUAAAAGAGUAGUUAAAAUAAAAUGGGAAGAGUUUUAGGAGAUGACUUUAGUGUUCAAUAUAAUCUGAAAGACCUGUUUGUAUGUCCUAUGGUUUAGAUAUAAAGCUGUAUGAAAAUAUAACUAGAAAAUACAGCAGUUUGUCAACAAUUAGAUUACGCAAGUGUGUUUUAUACAAUAAAACAAUUCAUAAAACCAUUUUUUAAAAA